AUGACUGCGGAGGUCUGCUUGGGGCACUGCGGCGCGUACCAAUACUACGGAACUCAGUAUUCAACAGAGAGCGAUUCCUCUAGCGCCAUGACCACAGAGUACUCCAAUGAGACCUGCGCCGGCCUAUGCAGCGGACUGUCGGGCUACUAUGGAACCCAGUAUUCUGAAGAGCGAAGCGGUAUUCAGUCCGUGUACGUCAUUCGACAUUUACAAGGACUAUGAGUGCACUGCACCAGUGGAGGCGGGGGGACAAGUUUCCAAGCCAUAUCUGCAAUGUACGUCGGGUCUUCGUUCGAAGAAAUAUCCAACGCAAACGCGGAGGCGGGAGUGAUUGGAUAGUCUACACUUUGAACAGUGCCGUUGCUUUUGUUGAAAGUUCGGUUGUUCCUAUGUAAAUGUAGUGGGCUCGGGAUAAGAGAAGGACGGAUGAAGUUAGAUAGACAGUACAGUAGGCCACAUAAACAGAAGUUGGAAGCUGCGUGAUAGACUGAGAGGGAGAAUAAACACCAUGAGGAGGACACAACAUGAUAGACUAUUGAGUGGACGUGUACAUGGCUGUUGGAUGUACUCACAGCAUCAACAGAUUAUUGCGAGCAAGAAUUUCCCGAGCAGAUGGAGCGGGGAGUUUGGGGGUUCAAUGGUUGCUAUGGAUUAGAUUUGGUGGUACCAACUUUAUCACAUAUUGCAGGUUUGAGGGUAUGGGUGUCUACAACGGAAUUUGUGUGCGUGGCUUGUGGUUCCUCACUUCCUUUUUCUGUGUAUAAUCAAGUCCUUUUUCC